GUGUCCUGCACUGCUGUCGCGAUAGUGAUCGUAAACAGAUCUGCAAUUUUACACAUCGAGGCCGUAGAUAGUUUGAUUUUGUUCUGACAAUUCACUGACAAAAAGUGGUGCUUUCGUUGGUACAGCAUUUCGGCGUGCACAAUGACCUUUUACAAUCUCCUGUGUGCUAUCUGGAAUGUGGCGUUGUUACUGAACGGGAUGCCGGUGCUGUCAGCGCAGUCUACAAUUGUUUUUGACCCAGCCGAUAAAGCGGAUGGAGUUGUCAGAAUCGCAGAUCCACAAUCUUCCAUAAUCGAUUUUGGCGAAAUAAAUAGCUAUGACAGUAUUGUUCAAUGGCUUUCGGCAUUGCCAAAUGAAUUCGAAUAUGUGCGACUGCACAAGAUUGGAACAACAGUCGAGAAGCGGGAUUUGAUCGCUAUGGAGAUAGAUAAAGAUUUAAUCACUUGCAAAAUGCAACAAAACAAAACGGAAGUCAACAACAGCAGUAGGCCGAGUGACGGAAAACAAGUGGUCUUUCUUGAUGCCGGCACUCAUGCACGCGAGCAGAUUACUGUUACCGUCGCGUUGGCGGCAAUUCAAAAAAUCUGUUUAGCCAUCCGCAACGGCGAGAGUAACCUUAUGACGAAAGUUAAAUGGUUCAUUAUCCCUCUAGUUAAUCCCGAUGGUUACGAAUAUUCCAGAACAGCACCAAAAGGAAAAAUGUGGCGAAAAAACCGUUCUCAUGUGGAUGCAAAUUGUGUGGGCGUGGACGUCAACCGUAAUUGGGAUAGUCAAUGGGGUGUGAACCCGACAGAAAAGGUAGCUGCCACAGAGAAGCCCUCUUCAUCACUCUCCUUAUCCUGGCUAUAUGAUUCCUUGUUUAAUCCGCGAAAUACAAUUCGCCAGUUAAGUUUACUGAACCCCUGCUCCGAACUAUUUGCCGGUGCGCAUCCCUUCUCGGAAGUUGAAUCCUCAUCACUGUCAAAAUUUAUUAUUACGCGGAAUAAUUCAGGAAGUAGUCUGCAAGGUUAUAUCAGCCUGCACAGUAUGAACAAAGACCAAAUGCUUUUGUUUCCCUAUGGCUUCACCACUAAAAGGUCACCAGAUUACGCUAAACUGCGGUCACUAGCCGGCAAUAUGUCCGACGCAAUGUUUUCAGCCACCGGAAGACGAUACCAGUACGGAAGUAUUUCGGAGAUAAUGUAUCAGACUACCGGUGUCCAGGCAGACUGGUUAUACUCCGUAGCUGGAGUAAAACGAAAUUUUGUUCUAGAACUGCGAGAUGACUUUCGAAAGCCGCCAUCGGUCUUGAUUCCCAAGGCAUUUCAGGAAGUGUACGCAGCGUUAAACGUAUUAGUGCAAGAUGUCUUGAAAAGCUCAUGAUAUUUACUUGUACGAGAUGACACAGUAAAUUUUUUACAUCAUUGUUUGCCGCCUGUCGUUGCGCCCUGCAGUAAGCCAAGGUAGGCAUAAAAUACAGUAGUAAACUUUAUUUUUGAGUGUGCGAGACGUUUGUAUACGUACAUACAGGUCGGUGCAGAUUUGUUUUAAAAGAACC